CCACAACGCGAGCAGUAUCGCGAGGGGACAAGCCAAGGACUGGAAGGUUGCCGCACAUAGGAGCGAGGAGGAGUGCGCUGACGGGGCGACCAUCCUCGGGGGAUGAGAUCAGGUUGACCAACAGUCUCACCACAAUUUGGUGGCGGACUAUAUAAAAAGAUAGUGUUUCCACUGAGAACUGCAUACAUGGAGGCUCAACGCCACAGUUUUGUUCCUUGCCGAUGCGUGUGAUUGAGGAAAGGUGUGUCACGUCUCAUGCGAGAGUUAUUCUCGAGUUGGACUAACGGAAGACUCCGGUUCUCGAUCGGAUAAGAGGGUGAGUACUUAGCGCUGACGCCUGAUGGUAUUCAUCCCGGGUUUAGUCUUAUAGAGACCGUCGUCUCAUCUCAACACAACCCAAAUCAAUCAAGCCGCAAAGCUCUAGAAUGUUGUUGACAUGCGGUUUGCACGCACAGAUUGACCUUCUUGAUACGGGUUUAAUCCAAAGCGUUGUUAAGGCUUUGUUUCAGUUCAGCUGAAACUUCGAGUCCCACUUAACGAACUGACGAUACGGUGCAUAGAGGCUGAUAACUAGGCAGGGAACUAAUAACUUUGACCGUCAAGAUAAACCGAUUAUUUUUUUAAAAUAAAAAGGUUCCUCUUAGAGGAUAGAUUUUGAAUCAAAUUUUAAAUUCUAUCCUUGAUUGAAUACUCAACGUAAAAUUGGUAUGUUGUACAUUCAACGCAAUUUUUUUGAAUACUUAUCGUAAGCUUGGUAAUGCAAGUCAUUUUUGAAAGUAGGAAAACGAAAUAUGACACGAUGCUGUGAAAAAAAUUGAUAAAAACAAUUCAAAAUAUUGUCCCCCUUUACGCUAUAUAUUAAUAAAAUGCCACAUGUGUCGGCAUCAUACGAUCUGUUGGAUAGCACAUCCCAGUAAUGAGACAAUUAGGUCAUGAUUACAAACGGUACAUAUGGAUCUUUGUUAGAACGGUUUCGGUACUUCUGUGUAGGUGUACGGCGAUACAGUUAUUAUGCAAAGAUAGUAUUGAUUAAACAUAUAAAUUCGUAAUUUCAUACAUUAUUUACAUAAACUUGUAAUAUUAGUCCCGUGGAAAACCUAUUGCUCGCGAGCCAGAUGUGGCUCUAUUGAUGGCUGCAUCUGGCUCGCAGACAAAUGUUCGAUUAUUAAAAAAAAAAUGUUUCUCUAGACUCCUUUGAUUAGCAACAGCAUAACAAUGUUAUUACAAAGAAUUCAGAGACAUAAUUAUUGCAUUUUCAGUGUUGAAAUUACACAAAAUGCUCACAUUCACUUGAAUUGUUAGUUUUAAACAUAAUGCAUGGCUCUCACAGAAUUAAUUUUCAAAAUAUGUGGUGUCCAUGGCUCUCUCAGACAAAAAGGUUCCCCACCCUUACACUAAUGGAUUGGUGUACACACUAGGACAGGGUGUUGACAUCAUAACAUACUUACUUAGGGUGUUGACAUCGUAACAUACUUACUUUAAGUGGGUUCAUUUACUAACACACUAUCACACGAGAUUUUGGCUUUGUAGGCGUUUAGCACUUAAAAGCCAAUUACAAAUUCAAAAAGUUACCUUUGACCAGAGACACUGGAACUAUGGUCUCAGCGUUGAGUCCUCUUUCAAAGUGAUUGUUAGCAGUGAUUCUCAGCCUGUAAUAUCUUGGCGUAUCUCAAGUAGUUCGUUUCUAUUUUUUUUUUUUUUUUUUUUUUUUUUUUUGAAACGGGCACAUAUGUAUGACAUCCACAUUGGUAAUACAUAUAAUGUCAGGUGUUGCCUUUGACCUUGCCUCACGGGCCAUUAGUGGUAAGCGUGCACUUUUACUGAUAGGCUCUGUUGUAAUGUCAUUAACUUUACUCGCUAUACCGACCCUAGAUCAUCCUCUGAACACACCAAUGCCCCCCCCCUCCCUUUUCCCAGUUACACAAUAUAUAUAUAUAUAUAAAUUAUGCAUUUAAUUUAAAGACAAUUACUCAAAAGCCAUUCUAAAUGUAUUGUGAUGAGUUUUAAAAAAAAUAUUUUUAAUACAUAUAAUUGACUGGGGGACGUCACAAACGAAAACUGGCCAUGAUUUCUGUGUUCUAAUCCUAGUUGAUCACUCAUUACUGUUAUCUCUCACAGUCCAAGACGUAGAGCUGUAUGUUUGGCGAAAAGUACUGAAUAUCUCAAUUCUCUAUUCAUGACAGUUCAACAAUUUCGGGACCACUGUGAUUGCAUAAAAGACACACGAAUCUCCUUCAAUGUCUUCAUUGUGCCAGCAGUGGCGAAGGAAGAGGAUUGCGGAUGGGCAAAGCCCUGGGCGGAACUUUCUUUCUUUAAAUGGAAGGGCGGCAUUUUCGGCCAAUUACCGAUUUUUUUUUCAUAGAAAGGGGACGGCAAAAUACUUCGUCUGCGAGCAUCUGUACUUCUCUUUUACAUCAAUUGCUAUGUCUGGUCGAACUUUAGCGAUAUGCCGCAGGAUCUAGACCGGUACAGAAACUAUAUAUAUCAUAACAACAUAUUUUAUUGAUUAAAAGUAUAGUCGUUUUUUAAAGAAAUGGCGACAGCGCGUCUCUACUGCUCAGGGGCUUGGACGUUUGGGAAGAGGGGCUUGGACGUUUGGGAGAGUGCCGCGGGCGUUUGGGAAGAGUGCCUUGGACGCUUAGGAAGAGUGCCUUGGACGUUUGGGAAGAUUGCCUCGGACGUUUGGGAAGAGUGCCUUGGACGCUUAGGAAGAGUGCCUUGCAUGUUUGGGAAGAGUGGAUCACGUUAUCUAGGACGACUACUCUUGGAUUAUAUAAAUAGAAGAAGCCGGGGAAAACAUUGUAUACUUAACAUUCGUUUACUUAGCACACAAUGGGUGAGACAGAGCGACGGGAGCUUUUCCCUAAACAGUAUUUCAUGGCAGUUGUCCUAAAGUCCAUCUCUAGAGUCCAGCCUAAUGAUCCCGUAAGUCCGACUCUCUUGGUAUAAUUGAUUCUUCUGACUUUCAUUUUACCUGGUUUACAAAUUUAUUGGAUUGGUUAAAAAAAAAUUAUUUAAAAUAUAAAUCACAUUGAAAGAAUUUAAAUUGUAUGGACCAUAUCGCAAUAUGGUUUGUAGCAUAUCGCAAUAUAGUUGUACCCUUGGCCAUACGGUUUGUACCACAUAGCCAUAUGGUUUGUACCAUAUCGCCAUAUGGUUUGUACCAUAUCGCCGUAUGGUUUGUACCAUAUCGCCGUAUGGUAUCAAGCAAUUACUUCCUUCCCAGUUGUCCUCAAUGUCCCACACAAUUGUAUUUUCAUUUCUUAUUAACAUUUAAAAACUCUGGCACUUUCCAUUGAACUCGUCACAAAAAUGACUGCAUUAUAACCUUCCUGGUAACGUUUCAAAAUUAUAUUUAAUCAACUUCCUGUCUGAUCCCUUCAGAAAGCUAUGAUCUUUUAGUCCGAUAGUCUUGUGCUUUUACUACUGUGUUUGCGGAGGAAGGCGCAUAGGCCUCACCGUUCAUUUGACUGUCCUAUGUUGCUACAUAAGCUGUGACAUUACAUAGUUUGUUUAUAUUGCGUAUUUUAAAAAAAACUUGAAUUACCGAGGUGGUCAAAAUGGCAAGGAUUGACAUUAACCCCCCCCCCCCCCCCCCCCCCCCCCCCCCCCCCCUGUUUGUUUAUAUUGCGUAUUUUAAAAAAAACUUGAAUUACCGAGGUGGUCAAAAUGGCAAGGAUUGACAUUAACCCCCCCCCUCCCCCCUCCCCCCCCCCCACAUAAUUUCGGCCCAGCUGUUGAUUUCACUGUCCUGUGUAGUUAUAGAAGCUGUCUCACACCAUGUUUUUGUUAUUUCGUUUUUAAAAUGAACAAAAGAAACAAGAAAACUGUUGAAUUAUCGAGGUGGUUAAAAUGGCAGGAAAUAAAAUAAAAACCAAAAUAAUUUACACUAUAAGGAAGUUAUAAUCUCAGGACACCAGGGUCUAACAAUUCAUUUCAAAGUGAUGAACUCGAGAUACUGCUGCCCUCUUGGGAGCCAGCUUGUAUGAUUACACUAUGAUUGAUGUGACGAACACUGUCAACAGCACUCAGUUCACAAUCAGUCAUACGAUCAAUAAAGCCGCUUCAAGUAACAAUGACUUUAAUGAGACUAACAAAUGUAGUAUUUGGAAUGAGUGUAGUGGGGGUAGGAAGGGUGACGAAGGGGGCAGUCCAGUGGGGGUAGGAAGGGGGACGAAGGGGGCAGUCCGACCUGAGCGACACUUCUUUUAAUGGAGAGGCCGCAUCACUGGCCAACUGCAGAGUUUUUAGCUAGAACGAGGGUGGGGUGGCAAAAAUCUUGCCCUGCCCCAGGCGGCACUUACCGCAGCUACGCCAAUAAUUGAGUGGUAGAUUUUACACGCAACCCCACCCACCCCAUACAAAAAGAAACAACAACAACAAAAACCCAAUAAAAACAGAACGAUGAGGAUAAGGAGAUAAAACUAUCUAGAUAUACAACUAUAAAUAGCCCUACGAUGUGUUAAAUGCUUCUAAAAAUAAACUGCUUCUUUAAUACCUUCAUAUGUUAUCAUUGUCAAGAUCGAGGGAUACAAGGACUGCACGUGUCUCAUAUCUACCACUUGGACAAAACCUACCACUUGUCCCAUAUCUACCAAUUGUCCCAAAUCUACCACUUGUCCCAUAUCUACACUUGUCCCAUAUCUACAAUUGUCCCAUAUCUACACGUGUCUCAUAUCUUUACAUAUCCCAUACUACACGUGCCCCAUACUACACGUGUCCCAUAUCUACACUUGUCCCAUAUCUACACAUGUUUCAUAUCUACACUUGUCCCAUAUCUACACUUGUCUCAUAUCUACCAAUUGUCCCAAAUCUACCACUUGUCCCAUAUCUACACUUGUCCCAUAUCUACAAUUGUCCCAUAUCUACACGUGUCUCAUAUCUUUACAUAUCCCAUACUACACGUGCCCCAUACUACACGUGUCCCAUAUCUACACUUGUCCCAUAUCUACACAUGUUUCAUAUCUACACUUGUCCCAUAUCUACACUUGUCUCAUCUUUACUUGUCCCCAUAUCUACACUUGUCCCAUAUCUACACUUGUCCCAUAUCUACACUUGUCCCAUAUCUGCACUUGUCCCAUAUCUGCACAUGUCCCAUAUCUACACUUGUCCCAUAUCUACACGUGUCCCAUAUAUACUCCUGUCCCGAAUCGGCCGACAAGUCAAAGUUUACCAAUAUGUAUAGCAAUUAACUUGUUUUCGUCUAAUUCUCCCACCAGCUGAAGUUAACCAUUAAGAUAGCAAAUAUGAUAAGUGUGUUUCAAGGGUAGGCCCGUCUGAAAUUAACACCAUUAAGGUCCCGGAUAUUCAACUGUACAUUUUUUAUAAAUUAAAUAAAAAAAUAUUAUAAAUAUAAUAGAAGUUUGAAAAACAAAGUAAAAUUUUAUGAACUGACUGAAAUAGACGAAUAAAGUAUGUGGAAUAUUGACUUGAAAGACAUGACCAUAAGAGAAGAACGUUUUGGCCAAGACACACAGACAGACAUAAACUGACUGAAAUAGAAGAACAAGUUAUGUGGAAGCUUGAAUGGAAAGACAGGACAAUAAGAGCAGAACGUUUCGGCCAAGACACACAACCAGGCAUUAACUACGCGGUGUUCUUCCGACACCAAAGGAUGAAGACAACGUUCGAUGGUCGAUAGUUUAACCACUCAGCAUCGCAUUGAUGAAUGUAAACUUUAAAAUCUGCUCGUUGGUGAUAAGGUGAUAUUUAAGCUGCUGGAGUUAAGUGGGCCAGUGGCUUUUACUCUGCACACUAACGUUUAAAUGUGGGCAGUAGUUUUAAAAUGCACGUCAUUUAAUCUAAAUAAUCGCCUGAAAGUGAUAUCGACGGACAUAGAUUAUUAGAGAAGCGUCGGCACCAUUAACACGUGUCGCAUAGCCAAACCGGGCAAGAUGGAUGACAGCAAUUAUUUUUUUUUUUUUUAAAUCGGUUCAUAAAUAAAUAAAUUUAAACAAAAAUAAUUGAGAAGCCCUGAGAUAGAAAAGAUUAGGAUAAUUACAGGCGCUGCAAGGUGUAAGCAAAGCCCCCUACUACGUCACAUCAAGUACACGCUAGGCCCAAAUGUACAACAGUUGAUCGUGUAACUAAAACAUUGGGGUAAUCAAUCUUUUCUUCAGUCCACCCAACCCCACAACACCACCCCCAGCCUUCACACGCACACACGCACCUUUUUUCACACACAGUCACAACCAGAGCUAAGUAUGCCCUGUGGGGUUGUAAGUCUUGUGGGUCGUUCACAGUCACAACCAGAGCUAAGUAUGCCCUGUGGGGUUGUAAGUCUUGUGGGUCGUUCACAGUCACAACCAGAGCUAAGUAUGCCCUGUGGGGUUGUAAGUCUUGUGGGUCGUUAUAAGGAUUUAAAAAAAAAAUUAUAAUAAUUAAUUUUUUUAAAAAAUUAUAAUCAGGGUUUCUCAAACAAUGUUAACAAAUAGAAUCCAAAGAGGUGCUAAAUGACACGAGAGCAAACUUGACCCUGUAAGAGUAGCAGUAAGAAUACCAGAGUAAGAGGUGCUAAAUGACACGAGAGCAAACUUGACCCUGUAAGAGUAGCAGUAAGAAUACCAGAGUAAGAGGUGCUAAAUGACACGAGAGCAAACUUGACCCUGUAAGAGUAGCAGUAAGAAUACCAGAGUAAGAGGUGCUAAAUGACACGAGAGCAAACUUGACCCUGUAAGAGUAGCAGUAAGAAUACCAGAGUAAGAGGUGCUAAAUGACACGAGAGCAAACUUGACCCUGUAAGAGUAGCAGUAAGAAUACCAGAGUAAGAGGUGCUAAAUGACACGAGAGCAAACUUGACCCUGUAAGAGUAGCAGUAAGAAUACCAGAGUAAGAGGUGCUAAAUGACACGAGAGCAAACUUGACCCUGUAAGAGUAGCAGUAAGAAUGCCAGAGUCUAAGGGUCUAAACGAGGGGCCGGCUCGAAAUCCUUAUCACUGUCGGGGACCAGAAUAUAUUUUGAAAAAAAAUAUGAAUGGAAGCUAUGCCCGCUGCAUUUAUUGUAUUUGUAGUUUGGGGGGGGGGGGAAGACACUUAAAAAACAAUAACAUUUUUAAAAUAAAGAAAAAAAAUACAUCCAACAGAAACGUCAUAGUAUUUCAAAGGGAAAUUUGGCUAAUUAUAUAUCAAUGUCUGGUUUUAUAGUUGUCGCUGCUAUCCAGCUACUCUGACGGCGGUCAUGCGGGCCGGAUUGAGUACCGCUGGCGGGCCAGAUCUGGCACGCAGGCCGUAGUAUGAGAACCGCUGGUCUAAAUAAAGUUUAAAGUCAUCGAGAAAUGUUUAUUUAUUUAUUUAUUUAUUUUUUAAUUACCGUCUAAAAAGAGGAAUUUAAGCAUUUCCAAUCAUCAUCUCCGGACGGAGGGUGUUAUUCGGAUGAACGGAGUAGGUUUUAGAAAUAGUUUUUACACCAUCAGCAGCAGAUACCAAUACUAGGACAAACUGAUGGGGGAGGCAGUGGUAGGGGGUGGUCAAUUUACUCAUUAUAAAACAAGGGGAACUUGGAACAAAAAGUUCUCAAAAUCAACUUAAUUUAGGAAAAUUGGAUUUGGAAAAAAAAAGUGUGUGUGUGUGGUGGAAGGGGGAAGGUGGGGUUGCGAGGGCGCCCCCCCCCCCAGUAUUUGGCGCUGCUAACUUCUGAGAUUCAACAAAUGAACCUUUAAUAUCUAUUUUUUUUUUUUAAAUUGCCGAUUUAUUUAAAUGGUACGUUUUUUUUUUUGUUUUCUUUUUUCUUUUUCAAUCGCUAUUUUAGCAGCUUGAGACAUUAGCCAAAUUGCUGCGUAGGUUGAGACUUCUAAUUUUAAGCGCCCCCAGUAUUUGGCGCUGCUAACUUCUGAGAUUCAACAAAUGAACCUUUAAUAUCUAUUUUUUUUUUUUAAACUGCCGAUUUAUUUAAAUGGUACGUUCUCUGUUUUGUUUUCUUCUUUCAUUUCCGAAUAUUAAUCUUGUAAAAUUAUAAUAUCUUUAAAUACAAUUUUAUCUUUAAAUGUUAUACAUACAUUUUAUAACUAUGAACUAAUUGCUUUAAAUGGGAUUUGUCUAGCUCACCAGGCUGAUUAAAAUCAAAGUCUCCCGAAGCGUGUACGGUGGUCUUGGUAAAAGUUUGAGGACCGUUAAGGUAGUUGGUGGGGGUUCACAGCGCACGUAACGUCUCCGCGUGUUUAAGCUAAUCCGCAGAGACACAACAAGAGGUCAUUGUGUGGCGAGGAUACUCUCCUACAAGUCUUAGUGUUGGGAUAAUUGCGUUGAAGGGAAGGCGUGCGCGUCGGCCUUUUUCAUGUUAGACGUGGUGGCGUCGUGGAUGUUUGACUGAUCUAGAGGAGCCGACUUGUCAGGAGGUGAGCAUUAUAAAAGCUAGUAUUUAAGUUAUUGUGUUCAGAACUCCGAUAGGAUUCUUCGAUUAGCUGUAAGGAUAAGCUUUUUUUUUUUUAAUAGAAAUAUGCAAGCAAGGAAUGUGAAGACACGAUUGUUAAAGAUCUAUUAAAGAAGUCCGGUUCUUAGCAUUGGUCGGUUAUGAUUAUCUGGGGGAAUGGGAUCUGUCAAAAAAUGUUGAACUUAUCAAUAAACUGAGGAACUCGUGGGGCGUCCUAUGGAUAAAAAAAAAAAAAUGUCGAUGAAAUUAGUUUCAAAAAGUUAGUUAUAUAAAAAUAUUGGAAUUUCUCGGUAAGGAUCGCAGGUAAAUUGAAAGAAAGAACAAAUUCGUUUUUUUAAAUCAAUAUUUUUUAUACAUUAAAAAAAAAAAAAGACUGAGCUUGUAAUUACAUUGCGUACUUUUUCUCCGGCUUAAAGAAUUUAUGCCACGUCAGUCUGGCCAAUAAACGGAAUAAGGGAAAUAGUGGAGCACUUUUUAAACAUAAUAAAUAAUGCGUAGGAUCUUGAGAUGACCCAUAAUGAAUAGAAAAAAAAAUAGAGCUGCUUAAACACACAGCCAGUGUUAAGAAGUUGAAACAUUUAAUGAAGUUUAAGCGAUAUAAUUACAGCCACAAAUUUGAUCGGUAACUUUCUGGUAGGUGACAGUUAAACACACCGAGAUUAAGAAGACACGUUAACGGAAGUUUGGUGAGGGUGGGGGGGGGGAGGCGCGGUAAUAUUGUAAUCUCGAUGCUAAAACACAAGACAUUCGACAGUGGAUGACAAGUCACAUAACUAUGGACACAAUCCAGAUCAAAGCUCGCGCCACUUGUGACAUCAUCCCAACAUCUCGGUGACCUCCUAGCUGGACAGUAGGCGGUAUUGGCAACCUUGCCCCCCCCCCAAUCACAUAAAUUCUAUGUCGCGUGCACAGCAUCCUGUCCCUCCCCGUCCCAUAAUUCAUUUACUAUGACCUCCGGACAACCCACCCCUUGUCCCGGGAGAUGGCUCUGAGCUGCAUUGUCCCUAUCUCUUCCUUCGGUGGAUGUACCGAGUGGGCGUGAGAGCCCUGCAUGCAUCAAUCUCGCAUAGUCUGGUGGUUACGCUGAGCUUUUUAUGGUUGGUGGGCAGAAGGAUUGCGCAGUGAGUCUCACAAUUUUUGAUUUUUUUUUUUAAUGUUACCUUUGUUAAACGGCUCCAUUACAAUGAUAGGGCCGGGGAUUCUCAGAGCCGUUUAUAAGAUUUGUUGCCAGGUCAGUUUGUGUGUGUGUGUGUUUUUUUUUUAAUUUUUUAAAAAAUUUAUUUAAUCCCCCCUAAAGUCAACCUAAGUUUUAAUUUUAGACUUAUGUUUAUGACUGAACAAGCUCGGAUGGCGAAGAAUAUGUUUGCAAUGAAACACUGUAAGAAAUGAAAAUACGGAAACUCCAUUUUGGACAGAUGUCUUUUAAAAUAAUAUCCACGCCAUUUCGUGGCUUGAGAAGUACCGUUUCAAGGUUGUUUUAACAAUUCUGUGGACUGGUGUACAGUAUGUUCAAUGUUCGCCACGAGAAAUGAUAUUUUGUGAUCGAAAACAGACAAGGAAAAGUAGAAAAACCAUAAGUAGAGGGGCAUACAGCAUGAAAAUAAGUGGGUCGAGAUGGGCAUACAGUAAAAAAAUAAGUAGGGCACCUGGGUAUACAGCAGGAAAAUAAGUAGGGCAAGAUGGGAGACAUCAUGAAAAUUAGUAAGCGAGAUGGGCAUACAGCGGGAAAAUAAGUAUGACAAGAUGGGCACAAAGCAAGAAAAUAAGUAGGACAAGAUGGGCAUACCACUGGAAAAUAAGUAGGACAAGAUGGGCAUGCAGCUGGAAAAUAAAUAGGACAAGAUGGGCAUACAGCUGGAAAAUAAGUAGGACAAGAUGGACAUUCAGUUGGAAAAUAAUUAGGAAAAGAUGGGCAUACAGCUGGAAAAUAACUAGGAGAAGAUUGGCAUAUAGCUGGAAAAUAGUUACGACAAGACGGGCAUACAGCAAACCUGUCGAAUGCAUAAAAAGUCGACAUAAACCAAAUUGAAACAUCCAUCAAGUCGAAGAAAUCGAAUUUUGCGUUAAAAACUGCACCAGUAUGAUACCGUUGACAUACAGCCCUAUGAUACCGUUGACAUACAGCCCUAUGAUACCGUUGACAUACAACCCUAUGAUACCGUUGACAUACAGCCCUAUCAUACCGUUGACAUACAGCCCUAUGAUACCGUUGACAUACAGCCCAAUGAUACCGUUGACAUACAGCCCUAUGAUACCGUUGACAUACAGCCCUAUGAUACCGUUGACAUACAGCCCUAACAUACCGUUGACAUACAGCCCUAUGAUACCGUUGACAUACAGCCCUAUGAUACCGUUGACAUACAGCCCUAUGAUACCGUUGACAUACAGCCCUAUGAUACCGUUGACAUACAGCCCUAUGAUACCGUUGACAUACCUACGAUACCGUUGACAUACAGCCCUAUGAUACCGUUGACAUACAGCCCAAUGAUACCGUUGACAUACAGCCCUAUGAUACCGUUGACAUACAGCCCUAUGAUACCGUUGACAUACCUACGAUACCGUUGACAUACAGCCCUAUGAUACCGUUGACAUACAGCCCUAUGAUACCGUUGACAUAUAGCUCUGGUGACUGAUGACUUGCGCGGGUGACUUUUGUUUAAAGUGAGGAAGAGUUGCGCAGCGUCAACCUCACUCUCUCGUCCGAGCCCACCAUAUCCAGUGGCAAGACUCUACGUCGAGACGGCCAGGGAUGGGUACGGUUGCAGGAAUUGACAUUGUAUUCGCCUUACGGGACUCCAACUCCGGGUUUGAAUUCAGAGUUUCCUUCUCUUAGAUGAGUUGCCGACCAAGGUUAACGAGUCUCAUCCACCCGGGGUGAUGUUUUUGCUUGACUGGUCUUUGGCUGAAAUUGAGGUUUGCUCAGUUUAGACCAUUCGGCCACCCAGUCACCCAUGCAGUGAGUGACCAUGGCGUUCUACGUGUCUGGUUAUGUUCUCAGCGAUUCACACCACUGUGCUGUCUCCGCCUGUUGUCCGUUGACCAAGUAGUGUUUCUUCCGCACAAUUUGCCGGAUUCAGUCUUUACAUGCUAUGGAGGACAACCCCUUUUUUUCCGAAAUUUCUAUGCCCUUUCGGCUACCCUCAACCUGGAAUCGUUGUCUGGGUUGUAGUCGCUGUGCAUGUUACAGCUUCAACAAGAUGGCGGUAUAGUAAUACACAAUAGGAAGGAAUCUCAGUGUGUAGACGCUUCAGUAAAGCAAGGGGGAUAGUUAAAGAUGAUUAUUGGAAAUUGGCUUCGACGCAAGAAAAUUCAAACUUUUAAUAUUUUUUAUUUUACAGCCCUAUGAUACCGUUGACAUACAGCCCUAUGAUACCGUUGACAUACAGCCCUAUGAUACCGUUGACAUACGGCCCUAUGAUACCGUUGACAUACGGCCCUAUGAUACCGUUGACAUACAGCCCUAUGAUACCGUUGACAUACAGCCCUAUGAUACCGUUGACAUACAGCCCUAUGAUACCGUUGACAUACAGCCCUAUGAUACCGUUGACAUACAGCCCUAUGAUACCGUUGACAUACAGCCCUAUGAUACCGUUGACAUACAGCCCUAUGAUACCGUUGACAUACAGCCCUAUGAUACCGUUGACAUACAGCCCUAUGAUACCGUUGACAUAUAGCUCGGCGUGCGCUUUCGGUGAUGAAGUUUUACGUUUGGAUAUAAACAUGAACAGAAGUGUACAGGGCAGUAUGUCCAGGGCAGUAUGUCCAGGGCAGUAUGUCCAGGGCAAUAUGUCCAGGGCUCUCCAAUACUUCCUCCACUCAUUCCUGCAGGCUUUAACUUUUCUUUUCCCCACUUAACCGAAUUGAGCAAACGCAGGCAGUGGCGGAUCAAAAAGUAUAAAGCAGCCCAGUAUACUGUGCACGCACCUUCCCGCCCGGCCCACACUCAUUUCAGUUACUUUGGGUGAAACAGACAUGUAUACAUCUGGCAAUGUAUGCACAGUUGGUAUUAUAUUAAAUGCACACUGCACUGUACCACAGCCCUUCCUUAAAUUUGCCAUUUUGUUUCUACGUCAUUUUAUGUUCGUUUCACCCCAACAUGACUGACACAACAUUACCGUUAAGAACCAAGGGGGUCACUGUUUACCGGGAUUGGGGGUGGGAGGUGGGGAUAGUACCUGGGUUAUUGGAAAAUGUUCAGCUUAACACAGUAGAACAGUGGUUCUCAACCUUUCUAAUGCCACGACCCUUUAAUACAGUUCCUCGUGUUGUGGUGACCCCCAACCAUAAAGUUAUGUUCGUCGCUACUUCAUAUAUAUAUAUAAAUAUUAUAUGUGUUUUCCGAUGGUCUUUGGCGACCCCUGUAUAAGGGUCGUUCGGCCCCCUCCCCCAAACGGGUCCCGACCCACAGGCUGAGAAACGCUGCAGUAGAAGGGCCUGUCGUCAAGGGCGAGCCUUAGUUUUCACUGUUCACCUGUAGAUAAAACAAAACACUUUCCUAGUGGACUACAUGAAUGUCAGCGUCCCAGCAAUUAGAUGUGUAUGAAGCAUGGCUGAGCCUACAUCAGAGUGCACUCACGUUUUAAUGGCGCUAACAGGUCGGACUCGCCCCGUCAAACUUGACGCGUGAUUCGGAAGCCGUUAACGGUGAGCGAAAGAGAAAAAAAAUUAUAUAUAUAUAUAUAUAUAUAAUUGACUAAAAUGGAUGAGCCCAUUUUAACUUUGAGAAUUCACACAGCGUCAAGUUCGACUAAAUUAGUCUGGAUUUGGUCUACUAAUUUUAGUCCCAGGAUUACCCAACUUGGAACUCUGAAAGAAAUGAGUAUCUUUAGGCUGAAAAAAAAAGGGGGGGGGGCGCUUUGAUUAGUAGUUAUUUUUAUUAUUUAAGGUGUUACGCAGUGCCAUACAGUGUAGAGACUCGUGUGUUGGAGAGUGAAUUCCCCCGUGGCCGGCACGGAAUGUGAUAAAAUGGUUUACUUCACCAUGGAGUGAUCUAGUGCUUCGGACGUAAACAUUUCAAUAAGAGCAGAACUCUAGAAGCAUUUGACACGCAAUUAUGUGUAAUUGUACACUAUGCUCGACCCACUCACCGACAGCACAUCUUUUUCGACCCACUCACCAACAACACAUACAUUUCGACCCACUCACCUAACAACACAUAAUUCGACCCACUCACGAACACAUAUAGUUUGCUGACUAUUUUACUAAUGCUGAUAAAGUUGAUAAAGGUUUCCUCGCCGCCAUUUUGACCAUUUCAUCUUCACUCUGCUUAGACUUAGACCCCAGGGGCUCUCAACCUAUUGGCAGCACCGCACCCCUCUUGAUUUCCAUACAUUUUCCGCACCCCUAUCUUUUUUGUUUUCCAAAACAUACCCCCACCCCCGCCCCCACCCCCACACCAGAAUUAAAACUGCGAAUAAUAUGCAAAUAAAUAUGAUUUUCUUCCUGCAUUCCUUACACUGUGGAAUUAUUUGAAUAUAAUUAGCUAGUUGUUUUUUUUCCCCUAUAGUUAUGCUGUCCCUUUUCUAAAGCUAAUCCGUCCACCCAAUAAUAAUCUAACAUGUGCAAUGAGGCAGAAGCUUAACUUGAAAAGAAGAUUCCCCCCACCCUCCCCAACAAAAUAAAAGAAGAAAAAAAAUUAAAAAGAGGUAUCAAUGAUCCACCCACAGCCCCGAAUCCUCACCCCACCCAUCCAUGAAUAUUUGUGAAUAGAAGGAAUAUCACGUGAAUAGUAGGUGCCUCUACUCCCAUCAUUCGCUGCUAUUUUUAUUUUAUUUUUUAUUUUCACUUUACAACGCCAGAUGGGAGGAGACGUGUGAAGUACGCUCCUCCCCCGGUACAAGCUUUCCACAACAUCGUCACCCCCACACAAGUCAAGAAAUAAUAUGAUUUACGUCUCAGCAUCUCAAGACGACAGCUCUACCCCGUCUCCACGGGUCGGGUGAACACACUCUCUCUCUCUCUCUCUCUUGACUCGGGUUCAUUAAUAUUUCACACUGUGAGGCAUUCGAAUCUUCACACGUUUUUUUCUCUCCUCUUCUUCAAAACCACGCGCCUAGGGAUCAAUCUCGGCCCCCCAAUCGGACACUGUUCUUUAACCAUCUGGGCUCGCAUGGCGGAAAGUAUUAUUUCGGCGCCAACGGCGAAAAUAACAGUGCACACGCUGACGGUUACUAGAAUAUCCAGAUAUUAAAUGUAUCGCUUUUUGAUACGGAACGCUAUCUUGGCAUGUAAAAUAUUCAGCCUCUUCGGCCAAGCGGCCUCGCACACUGCCUGAAUAGUAUGACAAGAAGUCAGGUUCAAACCCACACCACCACAUUCUUGUCUGUAAUUUGGCAGCCCAUAAUCAAGACAUCUGUUACAUUACGUAGGAUUUUAUUGUGUGUUAAUUCUUUCUUUUCACACACACUGUGCUAUAUAUUUCAUUAUUUAGAGCUACGUCUAGGACUCCCUCCAAAUUUUUCUCAGACAUAAGGCUGUCAGUGGAGUAGAGCCGUCUACCAAAAAUUGUACCAACCCUUAACCAGGCUAAUUUAACCCAAAUCAAUGCUCUGAUUUUGUAUGUGGUCAUCUCAGAAGUAUAGGCAGGUUUCGAAUAUUAAAAAAACUGGAGACUACGAAUGGACGCCAUCGAUUACAUCAGUACUUUUUGUCUUGGCCAGAGACAACAUAAAACUGAGCCGAUCCGUGAAAGGGCAGGCUGUCGUGUAUGUCAGUACAGCUCUACAACAGCCAAGAUUAACGACCCAUUGCCCUACAUCAUGUAAUGGACAUCGUGCCUAACACUUCACAAACCAGGAAGGACGCACUUGAUCCGUUUACUAUACAACACAAGUGGUUUAAACAUGAAGAUAAUGGUCCAAGACUUUAUUUAAUUAUUUUUUUUUUUAUUAUUAAAAAACAACAAAAACACACACCUUUAAUCCAUGUAUUGAAGUUAGUGAAGUUAGGCCCUAAAAGCCUAGGGUGGUUUGUUUAAAAACCUGACGUCUUACAAGAAGUAUGGUUUUUAAAAUUCCGAUAGAUUCUCCCUAAACCGUCACCCAGGGAGGACCACUUCUAGAGUCCUUGAGAAUUUUUAAGUACCACUUGCUCAUUUUGACUUAAACUACUCUAUAGCUGUAUUCACAUCAAUGGCAAAUAUUGCAAUGUUUGAGGAUCUUUGAAUUGUGGCGUGAAUACAGAAAUCAAGGGAAUAUUUAUUCCAUUAAAAUUGCCUAAAUGUUGAGCAAAUAAAUGGUUUAUUAAAUUUAUAGAAAUCAUUGUUCCAACUGUCUUCGCUCCUCCAAAAUCCGUUCAGCAAAAUACGUUAGUUUAACAUCAAAUCAUAACGUAAUAAACAUUUCUAUCAAAAACAAUUUAAGUUUUAAACUCACCACCUUAAGUCCAUGGUACCGAAUGGAUGCUUCUGAAUAUUGCUUUCUUCAAAUAUAAUCAUUUCAUGCUAACUUAAAAAGUGAAAGGCUUUUAUAACAUUGGGAUCCGCCAAUAGAUCCAAACUAGAUGAUGUGUUAUGACAUGAAUUUAAUCUCCACCAGUUAUUACAUGCAAUUAUUUUUUUGCACACAACGAUAGAAAACAUUCAAUAAAUAAUGAGAUAUCAAUAAAAUAAGAUAAAAAAUAAUAAUAACUUUAACAAUGAGUCCGUACUUUUAUUCCAGAGGAUAAAUCUUGACCAAUUCAGUAGCAACGGCUUUCUACAACGAAGUUGAUAUACCUUUCUUAAUUCACUUAUGGUUAGUCCCUUCCGUCCAACAAACCCUUGCAUGUUCCAUUCCAUCCUACAACCACUUGCCUGUUCCGAAUGUUCCCUUCCAUCCUACAACUACUUGCCUGUUCUCUUCCAUCCUACAAUCACUUGCCUGUUCCUAAUGUUCCUUUCCAUCCUACAACCACUUGCCUGUUCCCUUCCAUCCUACAACCACUUGCCUGUUCCCUUCCAUCCUACAACCACUUGCCUGUUCCCUUCCAUUAUACAACCACUUGCCUGUUCCCUUCCAUCCUACAGCCACUUGACUGUUCCCUUCCAUCCUACAACCACUUGCCUGUUCCCUUCCAUCCUACAACCACUUGCCUGUUCCCUUCCAUCCUACAACCACUUGCCUGUCCCCUUCCAUCCUACAACCACUUGCCUGUUCCCUUCCAUCCUACAGCCACUUGCCUGUUCCCUUCCAUCCUACAGCCACUUGCCUGUUCCCUUCCAUCCUACAACCACUUGCCUGUCCCCUUCCAUCCUACAACCACUUGCCUGUUCCCUUCCAUCCUACAACCACUUGCCUGUUCCCUUCCAUCCUACAACCACUUGCUUGUUCCCUUCCAUCCUACAGCCACUUGCCUGUUCCCUUCCAUCCUACAGCCACUUGCCUGUUCCCUUCCAUCCUACAGCCACUUGCCUGUUCACUUCCAUCCUACAGCCACUUGCCUGUUCCCUUCCAUCCUACAACCACUUGCCUGUCCCCUUCCAUCCUACACCCACUUGCCUGUUCCCUUCCAUCCUACAGCCACUUGCCUGUUCCCUUCCAUCCUACAACCACUUGCCUGUUCCCUUCCAUCCUACAACCACUUGUCUAGUCCAUCCUACAAUCGCUUGUCUAUUCCAUCAUCUAUCUAUCGUUCUCAUACUUGGUAGAACAUAUGCAUGACUUUAUUCUUUGUGUGUCCACAAAACCGACGCACCAGUUGCUGUAUUCUUUGGUAAACGUCUCCAUUAUACGCUUGACCAUAAAAAAACCCAUUUGCCACUGAUCGGUCAAUAUUUAUAAAUCGCUUGUCCAUUGCACUACAUGAAUGUCCAAUCCCAUAAAUCUCGUUCUGGAGUACUUCAGAAUUAUUAUUGUUUAUUUUUAUUGAAUGUGUGUGCGUGUGUGUGCGUGUGUGUGUGUGUGCACGUGUGUGAAGAAACGCCUUGUCACCUUCAACUUUAAAGGCUUGUGUGACAAUGGCCGGUAAUUGCUCGGCAUAAUUACUUCUUUCGUCAGCGUAAUGACCCGAACGGAAAUGAAUGAUCAGUGUCGGUAUGAAGCAGAUGUGAUGAGUGAAUCUAUCAUGUCAUGUCCCAGAGUUACAACCGGUUCUCUUAGAAUCCCUCAACGAUUGAAGUAAUCAAUAUAAAAAUAUAAUUUAUGUGCCACUUAAAUCCGAGGGGAGAGAGAUUGAAGGGAGAAAAGUGACUGCACGAAGUGAGUGUACGAGAAUGGAAAAGAUGUGAUUAUUUAAAAAAAAGUUUACUGAUAUCUUAAACAUAGAUUUAAAAAUACUUUUAGUGGAUAUCAUUUAGGAAAAUUCAUUUUUUUUAUUUUUUUUAAAGUUAGAAUCUGGUUAGAACGCUGGUUUUUAUUUAAGUUGAUCUCAUGUUUCUCAAUAUCAAAUAGUGCCACUGAAUUUAUAUUUAUUAUUGCAUGCUUACUCUAGCUCAAUAAAUACAGGAAACAACUAAGUUAUUUUUAACGGGAUUCGAUUUUUUAUUUAUUUUAUUAUAUUAUUUUUUUUUUGGAGCUUUUAAUUAUGUUCUACAGAACCAUUUUUUGAUCCUGACGAGGAGGCGUGAUUGAUAAAGGCCCUAUCAAACUAAACAAACAAUUUAAAAAAAAAAAUAAUUAAAAAUGCUAUCCUUGGGCAGCUCUUUAGAAAUCAGAAGAUAAAUAGAGGUUUUUUAAAUUAGCGCUUGUCAGCCACCCAACCGUUGUAACAUCUUUUUUUAAAAUAUUUCUUUUUGGUGGCGGAGCGAGCGUCGAAACCAGGCAGAUACGUGUUAAUCAUAUUAUUAGGACGUGACCUCGGAGAUACACUAGCGGUUCUCAGCCUGUUUUGUCGAAUUAUACAAAAUACAUUUAAAAAGAAAAUAUUUUUUUUAAAACUAAGUAUUUCUCUUUCUCCUUUUAUGAGUUGCGUUGUGAAAUAUAAUGGUUAAUUAUAUAAGAGGAGUAUCGUGGUGAAAUAUUCUGGUUUAUAAUAUAAUAGGAGUAUCGUGGUGAAAUAUUCUGGUUUAUUAUAUAAUAGGAGUAUCGUGGUGAAAUAUUCUGGUUUAUUAUAUAAUAGGAGUAUCGUGGUGAAAUAUUCUGGUUUAUUAUAUAAUAGGAGUAUCGUGGUGAAAUAUUCUGGUUUAUUAUAUAAUAGGAGUAUCGUGGUGAAAUAUUCUGGUUUAUUAUAUAAUAGGAGUAUCGUGGUGAAAUAUUCUGGUUUAUUAUAUAAUAGGAGUAUCGUGGUGAAAUAUUCUGGUUUAUUAUAUAAUAGGAGUAUCGUGGUGAAAUAUUCUGGUUUAUUAUAUAAUAGGAGUAUCGUGGUGAAAUAUUCUGGUUUAUUAUAUAAUAGGAGUAUCGUGGUGAAAUAUUCUGGUUUAUUAUAUAAUAGGAGUAUCGUGGUGAAAUAUUCUGGUUUAUUAUAUAAUAGGAGUAUCGUGGUGAAAUAUUCUGGUUUAUUAUAUAANUGCGAAACUGGGGUGUAAGGUUGGGGGGGGGGGGAAGGCAGAUAUCGAUUAGAGCGAGCAGACAGGGCGGGGGAGGCUGGGUCGCGGUAACCUUGUUGGGGUGCCAGCAGGUUCGCGUGUUCUGAAUGAAGGAAUUGUGAAUAUUUAACUAGAGUUAGAAGAUAUCUUGGUCAACGGUAUUGAGCCCCUGAGCGGGGUGCCAGUGAUUUUUCCACACGAACCGUUAAACGCAAUAUGUCACCACACGAAAACGUUGAAAUAUAGUAUUGUUUUAAAAUAUAGACCAGAGGAGCAAUUCUUCAAAGGUUUUGUGGUUUUUUUCCUCGCCUAUCAAACGCACAAAAAACAACAAAAAAAACAACAACAACAUGGUUAACCCACGUCAUUUUCUUUGGUUACGAUCAGGAAAGGAUACACAUUUUUAUCAGGAAAAAACAAACAAACACAAAAACAAAGCAAGUUCCUUUCUGUAGAGACAUUUAAAAUAAGCGUGUCUUGUUAUAGAGUAACUCCGACGUUUUGGUGAUGACAUUACGAGAACGUAUUGCUCCAUUCAGGUUAAGCCUGACACAGGUGCGGUGUGCAAGACAUUAAGUUGCCAUUACGAGAUGGUAUUAUCCCGUUAUGAUCAUUCACGUGCAGCCUGGCACACGUUUGGGCGGGGGGGGGGGAAUGAGCCAGCAAAAUGGCAUUCCCAAGGACGGGAUUGAUUGUAAGAAAGACUGUGAGACACUUUGGCAACGACUUGGAGACACUCAACACUGAAUAAAGUCUAUGGUGACAUCCAAAACGUGACGGAGAUGGACACGUUGACUUACUGCUAAGGACAGUAUCCCACAGUGUGAUCAUAGUAGAGAAAUAUGACUUACUGCUAAGGACAGUAUCCCACAGUGUGAUCAUAGUAGAGAAAUAUGACUUACUGCUAAGGACAGUAUCCCAUAGUGUGAUCAUAGUAGAGAAAUAUGACUUACUGCUAAGGACCAGUAUCCCACAGUGUGAUCAUAGUAGAGAAAUAUGAGGAGAAAAAAAAUGUGUAUGUGUGUGUGUGGGGGGGGGGGUGAGGGUUCAGGUCGAUUUGACAUAAUACACAUCGGAAUUUUGAUCCAUUUCGUGGAGAUGGAGGUAAACUUAUUUGGGAACAAAAUUUAAACGAAUUGAGAAGGGGGAAAAAAUCUUAUUGAACGUAGAACUAUGUAAGUUAUUUCCAAGUGUAAGUUUUUCUUUUAAAUGAAAACUAACAAAACUAUGGCACGAUGACUUAACCCACAGAGCCGUGGUAUUUCAGCCAUCCUUGUGGAAACAGUGACAUGACAACUUUGUCCUAUGGCAAAAUCAUGGCGAGCUCAUCUGCGCGCAAGUUGUUUAUUUAGAAGCCCCCGUGUCAACAUAUUUCUUGUCCACCGUGGAACAGACACCGGAAGACGCGCGAACGCCGGCGACAUGUAGAAAGCCGAGUCUAACGGGCGUCUCCGCUGUACCCUGAUAAAGGUCGUGUUAUUUUAGAAACAAUGCAACGACUUGGCGCGAUGCGGGCAGAAGUAAGCCAGUGCAUGUUCGGGUGAGCAGUGAUAGCGUGUGAUUUCCUCACCGAGGGUGGUGUUACGGAGGAUCGCCAUCGGCCGCCCGCCUGUUGUGACCGGUGAACUGUUCACAGAUUGCUCACUGAGCCUGGCUAUUGUUAGGUUGCUUUCUUGAAUGACCCAUGGUGGGUGGGUGGAGUGGAGUCUGGCGGGUGUAUUUUGGAAUUACUUCAACGGGGAAGAAAAGAAAUUUAAAUUUUUUAUUUCAUAUAAGUGAAAAAUCACACCACCCCAAACACCCCCCCCCCAACCAAAAUAAACGAACAAAAUGCACACACACACGCAAACUCCCUCAAAAUGUCUGACAUUAAUUUGAGGUAAAAGAAAUUUCGCACAAAUGUUUUGUUAUAGCGUCACAUCCUUAAGAUAGUCAUAAAACAUUCUUAAACUACUAGCUUAAAAACGUAUAGAUUGCUUAAUUUUUCAAUUAAAAAAUAUAUUAUUAACACAUCUUGUUGAUUUUUUUAAAAAUUAUUUGUAGAUAAAGAGUGGACAAAAUAAUGCCCCCACAUUCUUUGCCUUACUUACAUUUGACUAUAUGGUUCAAAUCUACUAUAUUCGAUUACUUGAUAGGGCGAAUGCCACUGUUAUAUUGAGUUAUAAAGUAUUAAGAGUAGUCGAGACGAUGUGGUUCAAGCAGUAACUUUUUAAAAAUCGACAUUCAUACUAUCUAAAAUAGUCAAUACGUUUCAAAGAAAUAUGAAGAUACUAUAAAGCACAUCCCACAAAUGUCAAUUCUCAUUAUACUUCCAUGAUAUAAUCUUCUUUUACUUCAAAAUGGAAUUUACAAAGUCCUCAUACAUAAAAAAGCGCUCUCUGUUACUCCACAAUUAUUCUAUUUUCCUCUCUAUGCUAUUAUUCAAUCAUACACUCUGAUUGGCCAGUUCCUCUCUAUUCUAUUUUCCUCUCUAUGAUAUUAUUCAAUCAUACACUCUGAUUGGCCAGUUCCUCUCUAUUCUAUUUUCCUCUCUAUGCUAUUAUUCAAUCAUACAUUCUGAUUGGCCAGUUCCCCUCUAUUCUAUUUUCCUCUCUAUGCUAUUAUUCAAUCAUACACUCUGAUUGGCCAGUUCCCCUCUAUUCUAUUUUCCUCUCUAUGAUAUUAUUCAAUCAUACACUCUGAUUGGCCAGUUCCUCUCUAUUCUAUUUUCCUCUCUAUGCUAUUAUUCAAUCAUACACUCUGAUUGGCCAGUUCCUCUCAAGUCUCAACACCCUGUACCUUGUACAAGAACUAUUUGAUCUAAGUAUAUUACUUGUCUCCCAUCAGUGGUUUACACAUUCAUAAUCAUAACUGUGACAUCGCAACAGUAGGUUAUCACCGUCACGUAAUAAGUGUGAACCGGUCCACAAAAGGGGUAACGCUUGAGAGCCUCUGGCUUAAUCUUAUACCUGAGGACAUUAUAAACUUAAUAACCAACAUUUUCUUUGGCUGUGUCAUGCCAAUGUUAUUCUCCUUUCUGUUUCAUUAUCAUUUAAAUCGGUCUUUGUGCCAAUCCGUUCGUCACAAUUCAAAUCAUCUCUAAUUCAUCGUGCUGUGCAAACUUUACUUUUUACGUAAUGUGUACUAACACGAAAUAGUACCGAGAAGCAGCGACAUUGAACACAAUUUUAUUUUAUUUUGGCUACACUAAAAAUACAAAAUAUUGUGGCUGUAAUUAUUGGUCUGGCCCAACAUUAAAUGAUUUUUUCCCCAUGCGAACGAAAGUAUAUACAAGUCAUCAGCAGAGAAGUCAUCCUAACAAUAUGCAUCAUAUUUUAACGGUUUGCUUCAAUAGCACACUCAUAAUUUACCGUGAUUAAAAGCCAGGGUUCACAUAAAAACAAUCCAAUAGUUUAUCAUCAUUUUCACGUCAUAAUAUCUCGUUAAGUUAGAAAAUAGAGACGAUAGGUCUAUGGGGGGGGGGGUCAAGCCGUGGAACUAUACGAUUUGGAUUUGUUGAGCUCAUUUCAGCGAAAUGUGUCAGAGUUGGCAUUUGUUUAUUUUCGGGGGGUAGAAAGAACUAUAGAAUGUGCAUAAGAAAAAAAGAAUCACAAAAAACAAAAAGAUCAAUAUCCUUCAAGUCAAACAGUUGUUGUUUGAUGGACAUUCAGCCAACCACCUGUUCAGACGCGUGAUAACACAAAAGCAGACCCGUGUGCCUCCCUCUCCAUGUGAUAGCCAUCAUUCAGCAUUACCAACGGUGUUCAAAGAAAGGCGCGACAUCCAGGAACAGUGGUUCUCGAAGUAAGACAAAACAUCCGGACACUGUGGCUAGUGAUUACUCGUGUAAGCAUAUCCACCCCGUCCGGUUGUUAUUGAAAUUGAUUUUUUUUAAACACCUACGGUAUCUCAAAACACUAUUUUUCGAGACCUGCAUGUCGUUGCGGGCUGUAAAUGCUUGGGUAACUAAACGUUUAAUAUCUAUACAUUAACUAAAAAUACGUAUAUUUAUGAACGAAAGAAAAAAAAAAAAGGACAUGAAGAAAGAAGGGAAGAAAAAAAAGCAUGGCCUUAGAUGGAAUUCAUGAGAAAAACUCACAUAAACAGAGCGAGAGAACGUUCGCAGCAUACUCUUAAAAAUGGAAAAUAAAGUAUAUCUGCUUUAAACUUUCUUGUAUCCUAGAAAUUAAUGUAUGCAUACAUAAAUAUAUACAAACAUACAUUUAUACAUUAAUAUAUUAUACAUAUAAGUCAAAAGCUAUUUAAAAAUGUCGUUCUUCUUUUAAUCCCAAAAAUUAUGAUAUUUUAAAUAUGAAUAUCUAGUGAGGAUCUUUCCGAUAAAAUGCUUGAUCUACCUGCUGUCUAUCUACAAUGAGACUCUUCCAGAUGAAAUGUUUGAUCUAUAUUCUUUUUUUUUUUCUUCUUUUUUUAAGCCCGUUUGCCCCCGCAGCCGAUUGCGUCAUUGCCAAACAAAUGAUUAAGGUUAAGAACGCCACUGGUAGGCAUGCCUUAACUAACGGUCUAUGUGCCUGGCACCCCUUCCCCCAACCCCUUGGGGAGCCGUGUUGAAGGUGGUGGCAUUAUGCGGGAUGUUUAUCCUGGUCAUGUCUAUCGAUCAAGGGAGGAGAAAGAAGAAAGUCAUUUCAGCUAAGUUUGUAAAUUGUAACGAGGACUGAGGAAUUUCACGGUAAAACCCUAGACCAGAUGCGGUGCCAAGGUGUGUGCAUGAUUGGAGUACGCGAGUACUAAGUAGGUCGUGAGAUGCUAUCCGAAUAACGGGUAAAAGUGUGCGUGUGUGGAUGCCAUGAGUCUCAAAACUGUCACAGAGGUUUAUAUGAGGCAGCGCUCAGACAGGCCACUUCAGUAAUUAAUGAGCAGUCUCGGCUAUUUUAUAAGCGCUUCCCUAGAACCUGUGCCCAGACCGACACAUUUAACAAAGGUAAAAAAAAUCGGCUUCCAUUUUCUUGCACCAGAAUUCAAAUUUUGAGUUGAUGUAAAUUGACAGAUUUGUAACUGUUUCUAUUUUUUUUCCUACCAGGUCGCCAGGCUAAAUCAAAGAACCUCAGAGGUCAACUCCACUUAACGGGCAUCGACGUGACUGCAGGUCCCUUGAGCGAUGAUGGAAACUGACAAAUGACCCGUACACUUCGGGGGAUGUGCCCAAAUUAGGCAUUGCUCCUUUAAUAAAAGAGUGCCCGAACUACUGGACGAAAUAAUACAGUAAGAGAUGCACACUACCUCUACAUCAAAAUCCUUGACAUGCAUCUGGACUUCCUAUUUAAAACUAAUUUAUUCCUAAAAUUAAUUUAUUCAACGUUACAUACAUACGUUACAUUUUCACGGAUCACCUGUUUUUACAAUCUUGCACUCGUCAAAGCAAACGUUGUAUUAAGAAUAGAGUAUUUCCUGUGAGCAGACAUUUGUAAAAUUGAAGUUAAACCACCCCAUUAAAACAGUGUAUGAUUUAAAUAAAAACAUAAUGAUGAUUCGCAAGCAACAAGGAAGUGCUAAUGAUAAUCAACGUUGCGUGCUGUGUUGAAGGAAAACAAAUGUAGCAGGUUUAACUCGCGGAGUCAGCCUAGAACUGCAGAACAACUGCAGAACAUUAAAACUACUGACAUUGGAGUAUACGGCCCUUGGCACCAUGACAUCUGACCUACACAUUCGGUCGUUGGAUGACUUCCCCAACAACGUGUCCACCUAUGAACCCUUUAAGAACCAGACGUUCCAGACGUGUGACGGCAUCCACUGCUACCCAGACAGCGUGUUCCACGCCGCUACCAUCCUGACCAUCAUCCUGGCCAUCUUCGGUGCCUUCGGGAACGUUCUGACGGUCCUCGCAAUCAUGACGAGUCGUCUGCGAAACAACAUCAACAGCAUCCUGAUCUGCCACCUCAGUGUGGCGGACGUGGUGUACUGCUCGUUUGUGCUGCCGCUGCAGGCGAUGACCUUCUACAACAGGGCCUGGAUUCUGGCCCCUGUCCUGUGUGAGCUGCACGCGGCCUUGAGGAUUUGGCUGAUUGGCGUCAAUAUGGUGCUGCUGAGUACAAUAGCUCUAUACAGGUAUGAUGAUCAUGUCAAGGUAAUAUGGUGCUGCUGAGUACAAUAGCUCUAUACAGGUAUGAUGACCAUGUCAAGGUAAUAUGGUGCUGCUGAGUACAAUAGCUCUAUACAGGUAUGAUGACCAUGUCAAGGUAAUAUGGUGCUGCUGAGUACAAUAGCUCUAUACAGGUAUGAUGACCAUGUCAAGGUAAUAUGGUGCUGCUGAGUACAAUAGCUCUAUACAGGUAUGAUGACCAUGUCAAGGUAAUAUGGUGCUGCUGAGUACAAUAGCUCUAUACAGGUAUGAUGAUCAUGUCAAGGUAAUAUGGUGCUGCUGAGUACAAUAGCUCUAUACAGGUAUGAUGACCAUGUCAAGGUAAUAUGGUGCUGCUGAGUACAAUAGCUCUAUACAGGUAUGAUGACCAUGUCAAGGUAAUAUGGUGCUGCUGAGUACAAUAGCUCUAUACAGGUAUUAUGAUCAUGUCAAGGUAAUAUGGUAGUGCUGAGUACAAUAGCUCUAUACAGGUAUUAUGAUCAUGUCAAGGUAAUAUGGUAGUGCUGAGUACAAUAGCUCUAUACAGGUAUGAUGAUCAUGUCAAGGUAAUAUGGUGCUGCUGAGUACAAUAGCUCUAUACAGGUAUGAUGAUCAUGUCAAGGUAAUAUGGUAGUGCUGAGUACAAUAGCUCUAUACAGGUAUGAUGAUCAUGUCAAGGUAAUAUGGUGCUGCUGAGUACAAUAGCUCUAUACAGGUAUUAUGAUCAUGUCAAGGUAAUAUGGUAGUGCUGAGUACAAUAGCUCUAUACAGGUAUGAUGAUCAUGUCAAGGUAAUAUGGUGCUGCUGAGUACAAUAGCUCUAUACAGGUAUGAUGAUCAUGUCAAGGUAAUAUGGUAGUGCUGAGUACAAUAGCUCUAUACAGGUAUGAUGAUCAUGUCAAGGUAAUAUGGUGCUGCUGAGUACAAUAGCUCUAUACAGGUAUUAUGAUCAUGUCAAGGUAAUAUGGUAGUGCUGAGUACAAUAGCUCUAUACAGGUAUGAUGAUCAUGCAAAGGUAAUAUGGUAGUGCUGAGUAUAAUAGCUCUAUACAGGUAUGAUGAUCAUGUCAAGGUAAUAUGGUAGUGCUGAGUACAAUAGCUCUAUACAGGUAUGAUGAUCAUGUCAAGGUAAUAUGGUAGUGCUGAGUACAAUAGCUCUAUACAGGUAUGAUGAUCAUGUCAAGGUAAUAGGGUGCUGUUGAGUACAAUAGCUCUAUACAGGUAUGAUGAUCAUGUCAAGGUAAUAUGGUGCUGCUGAGUACAAUAGCUCUAUACAGGUAUGAUGAUCAUGUCAAGGUAAUAUGGUGCUGCUGAGUACAAUAGCUCUAUACAGGUAUGAUGAUCAUGUCAAGGUAAUAUGGUGCUGCUGAGUACAAUAGCUCUAUACAGGUAUGAUGAUCAUGUCAAGGUAAUAUGGUGCUGCUGAGUACAAUAGCUCUAUACAGGUAUGAUGAUCAUGUCAAGGUAAUAUGGUAGUGCUGAGUACAAUAGCUCUAUACAGGUAUGAUGAUCAUGUCAAGGUAAUAUGGUAGUGAUGAGUACAAUAGCUCUAUAUAGGUAUGAUGAUCAUGUCAAGGUAAUAGGGUGUUUCUGGGUACGUUUGCUUUAUGCAUGUAUUUCGUUGUUGAACACUUAACUGGACAUAAUUAAAAGGUGGCUUAACUUGGAAUAUAAAGCAAUAAUGCUAUAACGUUUCAAGGAAUUGUAUUUUCUUUUCAUUACUGGAAAAGUUUGAUUAUUUUUACACAAAGCUAUUGUUUUCUGGUAACCUUCAGGCUCAGCAUCGAAGGUUUUCUAAAACACGGCGUGUUAGAAAAACGACAAUCCGGUAAUAAUAUGGCUAACUAUGACAUUGUAAUAACAAAAUAUAUGAGUUGCGCAAGGUUAAUAUAUGUCAUACCCGAAGACCGAUGUAAAUAAUUAUUUUAUUCAAAAAAAAAAAAAAAAAAAAAACAAAUUUAAAAAAUUAUUUUAUUAAAAAAAAAAAAAAAAAAAAAAAAAAAAAAAACUAAAUUAUAUACAGAAAACAUGUUAAAAUGUCAUUAUUUUUUUUUAAAUUUGAGUACUUAUAUAGCACUCAAUUCUAUGGUAUGUUGGCAUGCUCACAGCGCUCUGAUGACCUAAAAUGCCCUGACAAGAAAUCCCAUUAUGGAACACGACUAAGUUUGUUAUGAGUGAAAAUGUUAACCCUCUAAAAAGUCCAAGAAACUUUCAGAUCGAAAAAUAUCCAACCAACCAGGCAUAAAAUUUGAAGAAAAAAUCUCUAAAAAUGAGAAAAUGUGCGAGAAAUUUCACUGCUGCCUACUAGGCGCAUCGUGAACUCUCAUCACUAUCAUUACAAGACAUUGGAUAAGUGGAAAAUUAGGUAUAGGAGCCAAGAAUUAAGUUUAUAAAAUUAAAAUGUUAUACAAAAUUUGAAAUCAUUUAUUGCAUGUAUUUAUUUUAAAAGAUAUAAUUUUAAAAUGCUGGCCAUCUUUUCUUAUUUCAGGUUUCUUCACGUGGUCCAUCCCCAAAUUUACACCGUCUACUCCCAGAGUCCGUGGUUUAUAGGCGCGUGCAUACUCUGCUGGGCACUGCCUUUCAUCUUCUGCUUCACCCCGUUGGUCGGCUGGUGGGGGGAAUUCAGCUUCCAGCAGCGGAUCCUUCAAUGCACCUUCAGCAUAACGAGCAGCAAGUCCCACAAAAUCUCCACGAUAACGGCGGGCUACGUGGUCCCGUGCCUCUUUAUCUGCUUCUGCUACGCGAGGAUCGGCUUCGUGGUGUUCACGUCGAGGACCAAAGUUUCCAAGGGGAGCCAGUACAGAAGACAGCGCGCCAGGCGCGAGUCGUUCAGACUCACGGGCAUGAUGCUGCUCAUUUUCCUCGGGUUCCUCAUCGGCACCACUCCGUUUUUCACCAUCAACAUCGUGGACAGUAAGCUUGUGUACCCCAUGCCUCACAUAUGGACGCCGUUCCUGGCGUGGGUCAUGUACAGCAUGAACCCGGUCAUCUACACGAUAAUGGACGCCAACUUCCAGCGGGCGUACCACAGGCUUCUGCUGUGCAUGAUCUUCAAGCCCGACAACGUGGCCGAGACGAGCGUUGCCGAGAGGCAGAACUCGUUGCUGGCAGCGGGGAAGAACGUUGAAAACACCCCGAGUCCAAAGUGAGUGCUUGUUUUAAAAAAGAGAUGUGCGUGCAGGUGGUUGGUUGGCCCCGCGGGACGAUGAUGGGCUCACGUUCUCCGAAGUAGCUCUGUGUUUUAUUCAGAUACCAAACAGUAAACAGGGCAUGUUGUAACAGGUUUACUUUCACAAGAUGGUGACAGAUAGAACACACUAGACUGCCAUUGAAGCUACUGCCAUGAAAAUAGUUCUGAUGUAAAAGCACACGGUUGAGCAUUCGGACAAAUGUUUAAAACUUAUAUGACAGAUUUUUUAAUAGAAAUAAACAGUUUUAAACACAGUAUGUGUCAACAAGAGAUACAAUUAAGAUACUAAAAUGGAGUUUCUUCAGUAUGUAAAAUAAAAACACUAAAUGUUUUAGAUUCGUUCGCUCACCAAACACCGCAGGAUGAUCGCAACUGGAUUAAACUUGUUGGAGUUUUAAAAACAACUUGUACAAAACUUUCUUUUUAAGUCGUAUUUGACGCUGAAAUAUUACAAAGACCUGUGAUUAAUCCCAACAAUCUACUAAUGCUCCCAGAACACACUGGCUGAUGCUUGGACUGCAACUAUCCCAAUGCACGAGAUUGUGAUUUAUUUUGGUAUCGGGAAUCAAGGAUUUGUAUGAAUGCUGAUACAAUUGACAUGUUUUGAUUGUGCGAAUUUAGAAUUGACAUUGUACUAUUGUGUUAAAUUCAUACAUUUUUUUAAAAAAUUAAACUAAAACUCAGUGUUGUAACAGCAGGGGAAAAGCCAAAGAUAGCAGUGAUUGAAGGAUUUAUUUAUACAUAUAUACUAUACAUAUGGUUCUUUGCAAGUCUAGAUUGAACAUGGAUGGUGAUACUAUUAGCCCUUAUACAAUUUAAUUAUCGCGUGUGCAUGGUGGACGCAAGAUGAGCAUUAUCGCCGAAUUGGGAACACAAGAACUACACAGGAAACUAUAAACUUAUUAACAGAAAGUGUACAUAGCACAAUGCAGAAGUAUACUGUUAACCCUGGAGACAUGCCAGCGAUCCUCAGCUUGUGUUACCAGUCUCCAGAAUGCCAGCGGUUCUCAGCCUGUGUUGCCAAUCUAAAGCCCAAUUAUCAAUGUACAUUUUUUACUUAAGUAUUUUUUGUUCUUUUUCUUGGUGGAAAAAUUGAUGUUCAGCUUUCUUAAAUCUUACUAUUUGCUUUAGAAAGUAAAUAUUAAUCGAAUAACAUUUAAUCAGCCCUGGUAGUUUUUACAAGAUUUAAAAUAGUUAGUCUCCCUGUCUGCAGGUCUAUUGGUCUGCGCCAAAUCUGUUCACCCAGUCAAUUGUGCCCAGGACCAAAACGAGCAACUUGUAAUUUUGCUAAAGCUUUAAAGUCACAUAUUCAUUUGGUGCAGAAAGAAUGUGAGUAUCGCGGUGAAAUAUUCUGGCUAAUUAUGUAAUUGGAGUAUGGUGGUGAAUUAUUAUGAUUUAUUAUAACAGCGAAUACAUUUUUUGAAAGAGA